AAGUCUAGAAACCAAACGGAUUUUCAGUUUUUUUUUCUUUUCUUUUCUUGUUUUUCGGGAAACCAAAGAGAUUACAGCUAAGUUUUGAUUCUGGGCGUCGUGGAAUUAGUCGUUCAAGUUUGAAUUUUUCUCCUCUGGGCUACCAGUUCUGACCGAUUAUUGGGUUGCUUCUAUUGUUGUUGUUAUUAUUAUUAUUUUAUUGUUUGAGUCGGUUCGACGAUUCUAGAAAUGUUGAAUGGGAAGAGCAAACCCUUUAAAUCCCAGAAACUUUUGAGUUUUGUUUUGUUUUUCGGUUGAUGAGGAGAAGAGAAAAUCAAUUUUGAAUCUUAAUAUUUUAUGUUGGUGUUUUCAAGAUGAAAAGCUCACCUCUUGUAAGCAAAUUGGAGGGUUACAUGUGCAGUGGUUCAAAGAGUAAACUCUGCCCAGUCAAUAUGGUGAUGGAGGGAAAAUCUCCAAACCAGGAAGAUGGGAUUUCCUCUAAAUGCUCAGUUUUGCUUGAAUUAUCAGCUUCUGACGAUCUCAAGAGCUUCAGAUGCGAAGUAGAAGAGAAGGGCAUGGAAGUUGACAAGCCAGGCUUUUGGUAUGGAAGGAGACUUGGGUCGAAAAAGAUGGGGUUCGAGGAGAGAACUCCUCUUUCAAUUGCUGCCAUGUUUGGCAGCACCGAGGUGUUGAAGUAUAUAAUCGAAACCGGCAAGGUUGAUGUCAACAGGGCUUGCGGUUCGGACCAGGUGACUGCCCUUCACUGCGCUGCCGCGGGUGGGUCGGUCUCUUCCCUUGAGGUUGUCAAGCUCUUGCUUGACGCUUCUGCAGAUGCUAAUUGUGUUGAUUGUAAUGGGAAUAAGCCUGUGGAUGUGAUUGCCCCUGCUUUGAAAUCCUCCUGUAAUUCAGGGAGGAGAGCUAUGGAGAUGUUGCUGAGAGGUGACCAGGUGAUUGAGCUAGAGCAAGAACAGCAGCCAUCCACAGCUCCACAGCUAUCCAAAGAAGGAAGCGAGAAGAAAGAGUAUCCUAUCGAUAUAUCGCUGCCGGACAUAAACAAUGGGAUAUAUGGAACAGAUGAGUUCAGGAUGUAUACUUUCAAGGUGAAGCCUUGCUCCAGGGCUUACUCCCAUGACUGGACGGAGUGCCCAUUUGUCCAUCCAGGGGAGAACGCCAGGAGGAGAGACCCGAAGAAGUUCCCCUACAGCUGUGUUCCCUGCCCGGAGUACCGCAAGGGUUCUUGCCAGAAAGGGGAUUCUUGUGAGUAUGCUCAUGGUGUGUUCGAGUGCUGGCUCCAUCCCGCCCAGUACCGAACCCGGCUCUGCAAGGAUGAAACUGGGUGUAAUAGGAAAGUUUGUUUCUUCGCCCACAAGCCUGAAGAAUUGCGGCCUUUGUAUGCUUCCACAGGCUCAGCCAUGCCUUCACCAAGGUCUCUUUCAGCUUCUGCAGUGGACAUGGCGACACUGAGUCCAUUGACCCUUGGUUCAUCUGCCUUGCUACUGCCGCCUACUUCGUCGUCUUUGCUGUUGCCUCCCACCUCAACACCGCCCAUGUCUCCAUCUGCAGUCUCUUCAUCGCCAAAGAGCUCCGGUAUGUGGCAGAACAAGGUUAACUUCACCCCACCUAGCCUGCAGCUCCCGGGUAGCAGGCUGAAGUCUGCUUUGAGUGCUAGAGAUUUGGAGUUGGAGUUGGAGCUGCUGGAGCUGGAAAGUCAGCUUACCCACAAGCAAUUGAUGGAUGAGAUGUCUAGUCUCUCCUCUCCAUCCUGCUGGAAUAAGGAAUUCAGUAGGAUCGGAGAACUGAAGCCUACUAAUCUUGAUGAUAUGUUUGGAUCUUUUGAUCCUUCGGUAUUGUCUCAGUUGCAGGGACUCUCAAUGAAAGCCACAACCCCCCAGCUGCAAUCUCCUCAAUUGCAAUCCCCAACUGGGCUUCAGAUGCGGCAGAACAUGAACCAACUGCGGGCGAGCUACCCGACCAAGACCACUGUCACCUCCUCUCCAGUGAGGAAAACCUCCUCAUAUGGGUUUGAUUCAUCAGCUGCAGUAGCAGCAGCAGUGAUGAAUUCAAGGUCUUCUGCUUUCGCAAAGCGCAGCCAGAGCUUCAUCGAUAGGGGAGGUAUGAGCCAUCGCUCACCUGGGUUCACUGCAGCUUCUAAUUCUGCAACCUUGAUGUCAUCCAAUCUUUCUGACUGGAGCUCCCCUGAUGGGAAACUGGAUUGGGGCAUUCAAGGAGAUGAACUCAACAAGCUGAAGAAGUCUGCCUCUUUCGGAUUCCGAACCAACAACACUGCAACAGCAACACAAUCCAUGAUGGCCUCAACUAAUGAACCAGAUGUAUCUUGGGUUAAUUCCCUAGUCAAGGAUGUUCCUCCUGUCUCAUCUGGGCUGUUUGGUUCCCAGCAACAGCCGUACGGCAUUGGGGUUCAUGAGAAGCUCCCUCCAUGGGUGGAGCAAAUGUACAUAGAACAAGAGCAGAUGGUGGCUUAAGCCAACAUAUCUUGCAACUAUCCUCCAUUAUCAUCCUGACAAGUUUGAUAUCUUCAGAAUUCUUAUAAGGUAUUCAACAUUUGUAUGUAGCAUUAGAGAAAGGGAAAAGGGUAGAAAAACAAACCGCAGAACAAGAAAGAUUGAUGGCUCUCAGCUCAUGUAGGAAUAGGAUUAUGAUCAAGGGAAAGCCCAGAUGAAGCAAAGAAGCAGAAAGGAUUAUUUUUCUUUUCUUUUCUUUUCUUUUUUAUAAAUAUUUUUUCAAUUUUUCUCUCUUCUGGGAGUUGUUUUAUAUAUUUCUCAGUAUCAAGAAGAUAAGAGAGCCUGCUGGCUGAGAAGUGUAGCUAUUCUAUUUGUUGUAUUCCAUUAAAAUGGACAAUUGUAUUUUCACUAUAUAUGCUAUUCUUUCUCAAAAACUUCUCAUA